CCCCAGCCCCCAAAAGGCAGAAGUGUGAUCACUGGUCUCCCUGCUCCCCUGGGAGCUAUGCCUAUCGCAUUCUCAGUGGUGGUGGCAAACAAAACCUGGCCAAAAUUUGUUUUGAGGAUGAGCUGCUUAUAAGUGAAGGGAAGAGUAAUGUUGGAAGAGGUAUAAACAUUGCCAUUGUGAAUUAUAGAACAGGAAAAGUUGCAUCGACAAAAUUUUUUGACAUGUGGACAGGAGAGCACUCAGGAGAGAUGAUGGAUUUCAUCAGGAAUGCACCGGAAGGGACUCUCCUCCUCAUGGCGACUCACGAUGAUGGAAGCACCUUGUUGAAAAAUGAAGCCAAAAACUUAAUAGAAGAACUGGGAAGUAAAGAAAUAAAGAAUAUCAAGUUCAGGUCAAGCUGGGUUUUUAUAGCUGCCAAAGGCUUCAAGCUGCCAGAUAAUAUCCAGAAAGAAAAGAUAAAUCACUCUAACCAGAAAAUCAACAGAUACAAUGGGUGGCCAGCUGAAAUCCAAAUAGAAGGCUGUAUCCCAAGAAACCUGCUCUGA